AUGCCGUCAACCAGUCUCUGCCAAGACGAGAUAUGUCCUCCGUAUAGUCUCAUGGACGAUUAUAGCGAGGGUGCUCAUCCGCAAAUUUUGGAAGCUCUGCUCCGCACAAACUCCACUCAACAAGUUGCCUACGGGGAUGAUCAGUACUCCAACACAGCCAGGCAAUUGAUCCGCCAAAGGAUUGACUGUGCUGAGGAUGAGGCAGACAUCUUCUUUGUCCCCAGUGGGACCUCGGCCAAUCUCAUUUCUAUCGCCAGCUGCCUGCGGCCGUACGAGGCUGUCAUUACUUUAGACUCGGGCCAUAUUGCAUGCAAGGAAGCCGGUGCAAUUGAGGCCACUGGCCACAAACUCAUACUAGUCCCAGCAGUCGAUGGCAAGAUGACACCGACCAAUUUGCAAAAAGCCAUGCAACAAAAUCAAUUUUUCCCACAUAUGGCCAAGCCUCGGCUCUUGUAUAUUUCCAAUGCUUCGGAGACUGGCACCGUCUAUACCAAGCGGGAGCUGACCACACUGUCUGCGCUUUGCAAGGAAAUGAAUCUUCUACUGUUGAUGGAUGGUGCUCGAAUCGGCACUGCUUUGUCCUCGAAGAAGAACGAUCUCACCCUGCGGGAUAUCUUCGACCUGACCGACAUCUUCUGGAUCGGAGGCACAAAGGCCGGAGCCCUGAUGGGAGAAGCCAUCGUUGUGAAGAAGGCGAUCGCGGAAGGAUUCGUUUUCCAUCUCAAACAACACGGCGCUUUGCUGGCCAAAGGCCGAAUCAUGGGAAUUCAGUUCAUGGAAUUGUUCCGUAACGAUUUAUUCUUCACUCUUGCUACGCAUGCCAAUACCAUGGCGCAAAAGAUCUCUGCUAGCUUUGAAGAAUUGGGGUAUAAGCUGGCCGCCGAGACGGAGACAAAUCAAGUCUUUGUGAUUCUUCCGCAGCGGUUAAUUCGAACCCUUCAGGAACGAUUCCGGUUCUAUACCUGGGAGCAGCUAGAUGAUGGACAAGUAGUGGUUCGGAUUGUGACAUCGUGGGCUACGGACGAGUUGCAGGUCGACAAGUUCAACGCCGCGGUGCAACAGUGGACCGUGGCGAAUUAA